AUGGUGAGGAACCGCCCUGUUUCCCAGGCCCAGGCCCUGGCUCGGGUGGGGAAGGUGGUUUGUUAUCGGGGAGGAUGGCGAUGGGGCUGUGGGAGGCUGUUACUGGUGAGGGGCGUCGACGACGGACGGCGGCAGCGGACGCCAUCAUAUGUGUGUUUACCUUCAAAGGCGAGCGACGGCGCCUCCCGCUUCGCUGCUGUGCGCAGGCGCGGUGCCGGCCGUCGAUGUCAGCGAGCAGGCGCAGUGUCUCCGCAGCCGGCCGAUUGUCGUCAUCGAGCAGGCGCAGUGCCUCCGCAGCCGGCUGUUGACGUCAGCGAGCAGGCGCAGUGGCUCCGCAGCCGGCCGUCGACGUCAGCGCCGGCAGUUGGGUCGGAGGGGCGCAGGCGCGGCCGCCGUUCCCGCGCUUUCCCGACGCGAGGAGACAACUCAUCCCGUGAGUGUAUCUCUAUCCACAUCGGCCAGGCCGGGUGCCAGAUCGGCAACGCUUGCUGGGAGCUGUAUUGCCUGGAGCACGGGAUCCAGCCGGAUGGACAGAUGCCCAGCGACAAGACCAUCGGAGGCGGCGACGAUUCCUUCACCACCUUCUUCAGCGAGACGGGAGCGGGCAAGUACGUUCCCCGGGUGGUCUUCCUCGAUCUGGAGCCCACGGUGAUCGAUGAGGUGCGGACUGGCACCUACCGGCAGCUCUUCCACCCCGAGCAGCUCAUCACCGGCAAGGAGGAUGCGGCCAAUAACUACGCCCGGGGCCACUGCUCCAUCGGCAAGGAGAUCGUGGACCUGGUCCUGGAUCGCAUCUGGAAACUGGCCGAUCUGUGCACCGGACUCCAGGGGUUCCUCAUCUUCCACAGUUUCGGGGGCGGCACCGGCUCGGGCGUCACCUCCCUCCUCAUGGAGAAACUCUCCGUGGACUACGGCAAGAAAUCCAAGCUGGAGUUUGCCGUCUACCCGGCGCCGCAGAUUUCCACCGCCGUGGUCGAGCCCUACAACGCGGUGCUGGUCACCCACUGCACCCUGGAGCACUCCGACUGCGCCUUCAUGGUGGACAACGAGGCCAUUUACGAAGUGUGCCGGCGGAACCUGGACAUCGAGCGCCCCACCUACACCAACCUCAACCGCCUGUUGGCGCAGAUCGUGUGGUCCAUCACCGCCUCGCUGCGCUUCGACGGCGCCCUCAACGUGGACCUGGUCGAGUUCCAGACAAACCAGGUCCCCUACCCGCGCAUCCACUUCCCGCUGCUGUGCUACGCCCCGCUGAUCUCGGCCGAGAAGGCUUACCACGAGCAGCUGACCGUCGCCGAGAUCACACACUCCUGCUUCGAGCCGGCCAACCAGUCAGUGAAGUGCGACCCCCGCCAGGGCAAGUACAUGUCGUGCUGCAUGUUGUACCGCGGGGACGUGGUGUCCAAGGAUGUCAACGCCGCCAUUGCCACCAUCAAGACCAAGCGCUCCAUCCAGUUCGUGGACUGGUGCCCGACCGGGUUCAAGGUGGGCAUCAACUACCAGCCCCCGACUGUGGUGCCGGGGGGCGACCUGGCCAAGGUACAACGUGCCCUCUGCAUGCUGAGCAACACCACCGCCAUCUCCAUGGCCUGGACCCGCCUGGACCUCAAGUUCGACAAGAUGUACGCCAAGCGGGCCUUUGUCCACUGGUACGUGGGAGAGGGGCUGGAGGAAGGGGAGUUCCAGGACGCGCGGGAAAAUAUUGCUUCACUAGAGAGGGACUACGAAGAGGUGGGCAUCAACUACCAGCCCCCGACUGUGGUGCCGGGGGGAGACCUGGCCAAGGUACAACGCGCCCUCUGCAUGCUGAGCAACACCACCGCCAUCUCCAUGGCCUGGCCCCGCCUGGACCUCAAGUUCGACAAGAUGUACGCCAAGCGGGCCUUUGUCCACUGGUACGUGGGAGAGGGGCUGGAGGAAGGGGAGUUCCAGGACGCGCGGGAAAAUAUGGCUUCACUAGAGAGGGACUACGAAGAGGUGGCGAUCGAUUCAGCGGAUCUCGAUAGGAAAUUGGAGGAAGAAGAAUAA